CACCUGUUAGGUAGAUAGCCCUGAGCCAGGUGAUGGCUGGUGAUGUCAAUCGUCCAGAAUUUCAAAGGCUCCAAUCUAUACAAGAGGAAGUUGAAGUGUUGGAAUCCAUCUAUCUAGAUGACCUUUUAGUGGACCAUGAGCAUGGGAUUAGUCCCUGUGUCAUCAGCAUUUGUCUUCAUCCAUCUACAGGGGACAGUGUCGAACAGAAAUAUGUGUGUCUGACUCUGGUUAUGGAGUUGUCAUCAAAGUAUCCAGAUGAGGCUCCAAAAAUAAUGAUAAAAAACCCAAGAGGACUAGCAGAUGAAGAAAUAAACAGGACUUUUCAAAAGCUACAAGACCUAGCAAGUGAGAGAGAAGGCAGCCCUAUGCUUUAUGAACUGAUUGAGCUUGCUAAAGAGAGCUUGACAGAAGGCAACAUCCCUCAUGGUCAGUGUGUGAUCUGUUUGGAGUGCUUCCAUGAAGACGAGGAGUUCACAAGAACUGACUGCUACCAUUACUUCCACUGCCACUGUCUCUACAGGCACAUAGAUCAUACAAUGAAAUUGAUUAAGCAGGAGGAGGAAGAACAAGCAAGAUUAGGUGCUAUUCAUUUACAGCAACCAAAGAUGGAAGCAGUAUGCCCAGUGUGUAGAACACCAAUAGCCUUUGAUAUAGACUCUCUGCGCCAGGCAGUCCCACCCACAACAGGGAGUGACCACUUCUUCCUUACAGAGGAACUCAAAGAAAUGCAAGAGAAUAUGAAACAGUUACUUCUGAAACAAAAAGCAAAAGGAGGGAUCAUUGAUCUUGAAGAAGAAAAAAACAAGUAUUUGAUAUCAUCUUCAUCAUCUGGUACAAACUUGGUUGCACUAGAAAAUACCCAACAAUCAGCAAGUGUGGCGCCUGCGCAGCAAGGGACAGAUAGAGAUAAGCCUAGUGUGAAGAAGUGUAUUGAUAGUGACAAGGUGGAUGAAGGAAUAAAGAAAGGAUACAGACCUAGCUCUGGACGCCAUACUUACUCACAUCAUGGAAGGGGAAGAGGCAGAGGGAGACCAUACUCAGGACGUAGAGAGGUCAGGCCAAGUCAAAGGUCACCAAGAGAGCACAGACACAAAGCCGCUCCUGCAAAAGAUAAACCCACCUCUGAAAAUCUUAAAACCACAGACGAUGCAAUCAGUAACAAAAGAUUACAAAAUGAAAAUGUUGAGAAGGGGAAGGAAAUAGACCCAAAUAGUGAUCUCAAAAAAUCAGGUGUAGAUACCAGAAACAGGGCAGUAGACACAUUGAACAGUGGUUCAGAUAAUCCAGAAAAAACACUGAAAACAGCAGAAAAUGACCAGGAGGCAAUUACCAAAAAUGACAAAGAUCACCUUUUGGAAAGGAAGGAAGAGGAAGAAAGUAAAGAUGCUAUACAAGAGUCAAAAGUUGAAGGUGGCCACGUAAGCAGUCCUUCAAGUGUCAGACAGUUCCACAGAGAACGUGGAUAUGACAAAGGUAAGGGAAGAGGUCAUUAUGCAAAUACAAAUGGUCGAAACAACAGAAGAUACCACACGGGUAAACCAGCCCAUGACAACAAAAACUUUUCUAAAGAUGGUGCUGAUGAUGAAGUCUUAGAUCAUGGUGUGAAUGGUCAUCACCAGCGUGGUAAGACUUCUAGGCCACAGUCAGGCAGGAGAAGGAGAGAGAAACCUAGUUCAGAUGGAAAUAAUUAUGCACAUGGCAAGUCCAAUCAGUUGAAAAGCAGAGACAAGUCUCAUAACAAAUUGGAAGAUGAAUCCAGAACUAAUGCAAAUUCUACACCAGACCAGACAGGAGGUAAAAAUGAUGAGUUGUCAUUAAAUUCAAUUGCAGAAAAAUUGAGUGCAACUGUGGUUAAAACCACCAGGCCACCACCCGGCUUUAAAUUGGAGGGACCCCCUCCAAAUCUUCAAGGGGAUUUUAGAACAGAUUGUGCAUUGUCUGCCUCAUUUAGCAAUGAUUUAAAAAAGGAUAACAAACCUAGGAGACCACCUCCAGGGUUCAAGGCUUUAGCAAAUGACUUGCUGGAAAAUAAGAAGGGUCUUGUCGAAGAAGAUCGGUAACAUACAUCUUUGUUAUUAUAUUUCGAUAUGGAUAUACCUGUAUGAUCCUGUGUAAUACAGCAAGGUAGUUAUUGAUGUUAAACAAAUGUUGUCCACUGGGACUUGAAACUAACUAAAUUUUUCACAGGACCUGAUGUAGUGAAUGAAAAAUGUCUAGAGUAAUAUCUAGUUUCUGAGUAGGUUUUUUUGAAAUUUAAUUUUUGGAUUUUUUUUUUGUCAAAAUUAAAGUGACAUUUUAUAUUUUAUUUGGAGUGUUUCAUAUGUCUGAAUGAAAUUUUGCAUGAAAAGUUAGAUGAUGAACAUUUAAUUCUUGUCUUAUUGAAUUAUAUGUGUGAUGCUGUCCAGUUGUAAUUGGGCAUCAAGAAUAUUAAGCCACACAAUUCAUAUGAAGAUAAUGAAAUAAUAAAA